AUGGGACGAUUCUUCACCAUUUCCCUGGCUGCCUUUGCGGCAACAGGCUCUUUCUUGUUCGGUUAUGACAGUGGUGUCAUGACUGAUGUGAUUGAGUCGAAGAAUUUCUUGGCAUUCUUCAACACUACGCAGACAUCAGCUAUUAUCGGAGCGAUCAAUAGCACAUUUUCAGGCGGAGCCGCUAUUGGCGCCCUCCAGGGUGGUCUCACGAUGGACCGUUUUGGACGCAAGUUCACCAUCCAGAUGGGGGCUUUUAUCUGCUUAAUCGGCGCCAUUUUACAGUCCGCAGCUCAGAAUCUGGCUAUGAUCCUGGUUGGCCGUAUCUUUGCUGGAUGGGCGGUUGGCCUGAUGUCGAUGUCCGUCCCAGUGUACCAGGCUGAAGUCGCGCAUCCACGCUCCCGUGGUCUGAUUGUCGGCCUGGCACAGCAAAUGAUCGGAGUCGGCUUCAUCAUUAGCACAUGGGUCGGUUACGGAUCUCUCCACGCACCCGAUACAAGCGAAUUCCAAUGGCGUUUCCCCUUAGCAUUCCAAGCCGUCCCUGCUCUUUUGCUGGCAGUGGGCAUGUUCUUCAUGCCUGAAUCCCCUCGUUAUCUGGUCGAGGAGGGCAAGUACGACGAAGGACUGAGAAUCCUAAACAAACUCCACUUCGAUGGGACAAAUGCAGACUGGAUCCAAAGGGAACACAACGAGAUCAGAGCCACAAUUGAAGCGGAGAAGGCUGUCACUGCUCCGGGCUGGCUGAUUAUGUUCAAGGUUCCCCAAUGGCGGACUCGGCUGCUUCACGGUACUCUCGUCCAGGUCUUUACUCAAAUGACGGGAGUGAAUGUGAUCGGCUACUACCAGACGGUCAUGUACAAUACGCUUGGUAUUACCGGUAACCGUAAUACACUGGUAGCUGGGAUCUAUAAUUGCGUUGGCCCGCUCACCAACCUGAUUUUUAUUGUCUUCCUCCUUGAUCGGGUCGGCAGACGGAAGCCUAUGUUGUUUGGCACAGUUGCUAUUACUAUUGCCCUGAUCUGUGAAGCCGCUCUAAACUCGCAGAUCAAACCCGGCGAAGUCAGCCGAGGGUAUAGCAUCGGCGGUGUCUUCUUCAUCUUCUGUGUCACCUGUUUCUUCUCUCUGUCAUUCGGUCCCACCAGCUGGACAUAUAUGGCGGAAGUUAUGCCGAUGCAGAUCCGUGGCCGAGGCACUGCGUUUGCGACAGCAGUCGGCAACUGGACUGUUAGCACACUCUGGGCGCAGGUGUCCCCUAUUGCUCUGGGAAGCAUCGGCUGGAAGUUCUACUUCAUCUUUGUAGCCUUUAACAUCUGCGUCACGUUCCCCACCGUUUUCUUAUUCUUCAAGGAAACCAAACAGAAGUCCCUCGAAGAGAUCGAUCUUCUAUUCGGUGGCCGGGCCCUUGGUCACUUGCCCGCGGAUGUGGAAUCGAAGGUGACGUCUGAGACCGAGAAGGCCGAGGAGACGGGAAUCUCUGUGACAAAUGUGGAGCACAAGGCAUGA